AUGGAAGCUCUCAGCAGCGCCCCCGAAACCUCCUCAUUCGUCCCUAUCGCAGAGCACCAGUCCCGCACUCCGAGCUCUUUCUACUCCGGCCCCGCGGUGCUACACUACCACAGCCAGCGCUGCAAGAUUGUCAUUCUCGAGCGAGAGCUACUAGCCUCCCCAGAAUUGAAUGCGCUCCGUGGCGAAAACACCGCCAGCUCCGCGACACAAGAUGACGAGAAGGAGCUUGCCAUCGAUGGCAUAGACGUCUGGGUGACAUCCGACAAAUUCCUGUUGUUCUCACCUGCUGCAUCCGCCGGCGUUUCAAUUCCCUACCCUUCGAUUUCACUACACGCUCUCCAACGGCUGCGCGUGCCGGGCGCCGAGUCUGAUGCCGAGGUUCAGGGUCUGUACAUGCAGGUCGCGACGCCUACUGCGCCUUCCGCCGAUGAUGAAGAGGAGUGCAUCACUUUGACGGUGGUUUUGGCUACCGAUGCGCCUGCGCAGACGCCCACUGAUGGAGAAGAAGCGACGGAAACACCCACCCAGGAAUUAUACGGGGCUGUCUCGGCAUGCUCGAAUCUGCACCCGGACCCUGUCGAGCCUGGCGAUGAGGAUGACGAUAUGGAGGAUGGGCCGCAGUUUAUCUCGGCGGAAGAUCAUGAGGGUGUCUUCCAGCUUGGGAAUGGGGAUAUGCCGCCUCCUGUUGAUGGAAGUUCGGGCUGGAUUACCGCAGACAACAUGGACCAGUUCUUUGAUGCGGAUGGGAAUUGGAUUGCUGGGGGUGAACCCCCUUCGUUCCCGCUUGGCCCUGGUGCUGGUACUGUGAGGGCUCGGGAGGGCGAGGACGGCACUGAAGAGAAUGGAGAGGAAGACGACGAGACAAAAUGGCGGAAGACAGAUUGA